AUGGCAACAACGUUUCACAAGAACUCUGAACAGACAACACACACCCGCCUCGUUGGCAAGGGUCAGCUCAGCCGUAGUCCCUUCAGCUUCUUCUCUGUACUAUCUCAACCUGUAACAACGUUUCCUCAAGAUGCCGCCCAGUUUGAAACAAAGACUUGCUGCUCUUUCACUUGCCGCAUCUUCUCCAACUUCUCCUCUUGGAUCUGACUCAGGUCCUCAUUCUAUCAGUCGAAGAAAAGUAUUCAAUCCACAUUGGAGGCGAACCCCAAGUGCUACGGGAUGUGAACCGGGAGCAAGGGAUAAAGUACAAGAGGUUAUGGGCAAAGUUAUUUUCCAAGCCGGUGUUGAUUUUGAGGUCAUUAUUAGUGCAUCGGCAUUACCAGAUCCACAAGAGGUCUCCUAUGAUCUGCUUUUGCAGCGAAUUCUGUCAUACCUUGAUCUCUUUGUUGAAUCCGAUUACACAGUAGUAUUCUUUGCAGCAGGCAAUCGUUACGCUCCUCACUGGAACUGGGUUUGGAAGGCAUAUCGAAGCCUGAGUAGGAAGUAUCGCAAGAACUUGAAACGCCUGCUCAUUGUACACUCUUCUCUCUUCUCAAAAAGUUUCGCUGUCAUGGUUUUCGAUCGCGCUGAACAUUUCCGCAGCCCCAAGUUCUUUCGCAAAAUAGCCUACGUCGACACUCUGUCGGAUCUUGCUACCCAGGUUCCAUUGACUCAAAUUGACAUUCCACCUGCAGAGAAUUUGAAACAUGAGAAGCAUAUUGUAUUACCGAGUCCCAUUUCCUCUAGCAUCUUUGGUGUGCCCUUAGAAGAACUCAUGGGUCAUGACGGCGAAAAGGGUAGCAUUCCGCGGGUUCUGAAAGAUUCCAUCCAAGACCUUUUGAGCUCUGGGCUGAACGAGGAAGGGAUUUUCAGGCGCUCGCCGAGUUCCGUGUUACUCAAACAGGUUCAAGAAGCAUACGACAGAGGCCAAGUCGUUUCCCUCCAAAGCUUUAAUGACCCCCAUCUCGCAGCUGUGCUAUUGAAGAAGUAUCUCCGCGACCUUCCCAGCCCCCCAUUCCAGACUCUCUGUAUCCCUGAUAUACGUCGAUGUCCGACACCAUCGAAUGACGGCAUCCUUGCUAUGGCAUAUAUUCGCGACACACUCCUGCCACAAGCUGAUGCCAUGCAUACCUACGUGCUGCACGAAGUAUCUCUACGAUCAAAUGUAAAUCGCAUGGACGCACACAACCUUGCUAUUGUCAUUUGUCCCAACCUAGUCAAAAGCUCCGACCCGAUGCAAGAUGUACUCCUAUGUUCUAUACCAAGCGGACCAUCGAUGACCAGCACAAUGGCAGCGGCCACACAGACGGCAUCGACAUCCUCCACUGAGACUUCAAAUAGCGAUACUACCUUGGGAUCUAUCGUCAAGCUCUGCAUCCAGCGCUAUUAUGAAAUAUUUGACGAAGUCCAUGAUCGCGCGGAGGCAGUGCCCCCGUCCAUUCGAAGGUCACCUUCUCCACCAUCAUCGGAGGGUCCAUCAGGCUCACAGCUCAAGCAGGCCCGGCCAUUGAGUUUACGGAGCGAUGACGAAGACAUUGAUGAUGCGAUGUUGGUCAUGCCGAUUGGGCCCAGUGGGUCGGGAACUGCUUCCACGAACGAGACUUUAUCCAAUGUAUGGAGCGGUGGCGGUGGCGGUGGCGGUGCAGAUGUAGAACCAAAUGCAAAUGUCUUGCCAUACCAACCCCGGCGACGAAAGUUUCUUGCACGUGGGGCCGGAAAUGGAGGCGGGGGCAAUGAAAAUGGCGUAAGCUCUCUAUCCCAUCGAAGUACAGCGCGUUCGACAAUCAGCAUAGAGCGUGUGGGGAGUGUGUUGGGUUCUGGAAAAGGUUCGAUAUCCAUUGGUCGUGGGGCGCUUCGCAAGGCUAGUGGAUCGGGGGUGGAAGCAAUGGGAAUCACUGCUGGCGGGUUUUUCACUCCACCGAGCACUGCUACUGCACCCACACCGAGUAAGCGUCGAGCAUGGGUAUGAAGACCAAUGCUUGAUACAGGUUUUUUUAUUAGAAGUUCCGCUAUACAUCACCAUCCGCUGUCUAUUCACCGGCUACCUAAGCUUGAAGCUUGUGUGUUCAAAUAUAUAUCUCAUGCUCAUAUCAUAUAUUUACAAUGUCCAUGUAUAUUAUGUACGACAGUCUUGUAAAUUUGAUGCUGUACCGAUUCGGGUUUCAGAUA